AUGGCUUCUAUUCUUGCAAACACUGCACGUGUCGCCCUACGCUCAGGAGCUCCGACCUUCAAGGCCGGAGCUGCGGGUCUGACCUUCGCCCGCGGCAAGGCUACUCUACCCGACCUCUCCUACGACUAUGGCGCCCUUGAGCCGUCGAUCUCCGGCAAGAUCAUGGAGCUCCACCACAAGAACCACCACAACACCUACGUCAACAGCUACAACACCGCUGUUGAGCAGCUCCAGGAGGCCCAGCACAAGGGUGACAUUGCCGCCCAGAUCUCUCUGAAGCCCGCCAUCAACUUCCACGGUGGUGGUCACCUUAACCACACCCUCUUCUGGGAGAACCUGGCCCCCAAGAGUGCUGGCGGUGGUGAGCCCCCCCUCGGCCUCGGCGAAUUCCAGAACAAGGUCAACACUGCUCUUGCUGGUAUCCAAGGUAGUGGCUGGGCCUGGCUGGUCAAGGACAAGCAGACUGGUCAGAUCAGCAUCCGCACCUACGCCAACCAGGACCCCGUCGUCGGUCAGUUCGAGCCCCUCCUCGGUAUCGAUGCCUGGGAGCACGCCUACUACCUCGACUACCAAAACCGCAAGGCUGAGUACUUCAAGGCCAUCUGGGAGGUCAUCAACUGGAAGACCGUUGAGAAGCGUUUCUCUUAA